GCGGCCGCUGCGGCCUGUGGCGCGCCGUCACCCGGCAGAGCCGAGCGGGCGAAGCGAGGCGCCGCAGCCGCUGCCACUUGCCGCUCGGCCGGCGCGCGCGCGUGUGUGCGUGUGCGUGUGUGUGUGCGCGUGUGCCUGUGUGUGUGUGUGUCGGGGGUGAAGGGGGGGGGACGGUUCUCCCGCCGCCGUUCGAGCGCCGCGCGCGCGCGCGGGUCCCGUUAUCAUGUCGUGGAGGCAGCGCCUGGUCCAGCUGGCGAGCGGGCUGCAGGAGCCGCAGAAAGUGGCCCGUUUCCAGCAGCUGUGCGGGGUGGGAGCGCUGCCGAGCGGCGCCGCCGCCGACGACGGAGAAGAUGAGCCGAGAGCCGACGUGCGCCUCGCCCCGGACGCCCGGCGCCGAGAGCGGCAGCCGGGGGCGUCCGGAGGCCCCGAGUCGCCCGCGAGCGAGCGCAAUCAGUGCCUGGCCAAAGCGGGCAGCGGCGCCGGCGCCGGCGCCCCCAACGGCGUUCGGAACGGGCUGGCCGCCGAGCCGGGCCCGACCGCGCCGCGCCGCGCGGCUCCCCUGCGCCGCAACUCGCUGACUGGCGAGGAGGGCCAGCUGGUGCCCGUGAGCAACUGGCCGCUCUACUACCUGUUCAGCUUUGGCACGGAGCUGGGCAAUGAACUCUUUUACAUCCUCUUCUUCCCCUUCUGGAUCUGGAACCUGGACCCCCUCGUGGGCCGGAGGCUCGUGAUCAUCUGGGUGCUGGUCAUGUACCUGGGCCAGUGCACCAAGGACAUCGUCCGCUGGCCGCGGCCCGCCUCGCCGCCCGUGGUCAAGUUGGAGGUGUUCUACAACUCCGAGUACAGCAUGCCGUCCACCCAUGCCAUGGCCGGCACCGCCAUCCCCAUCUCCAUGAUCCUCCUCACCUACGGCCGCUGGCAGUAUCCUGUUAUCUAUGGACUGAUCCUUAUUCCGUGCUGGUGUUCUCUAGUUUGCCUCAGUAGAAUUUACAUGGGAAUGCACUCCAUUCUGGACAUUAUUGCUGGAUUCCUAUACACCCUUUUAAUUCUAGCUGUCUUCUAUCCAUUUGUGGACCUGAUUGACAACUUCAACCAAACUCACAGAUAUGCUCCUUUAAUCAUCAUUGGGCUUCAUUUAGCCCUGGGGAUCUUUUCUUUCACCCUUGACACCUGGAGUACAUCUCGAGGAGACACAGCUGAAAUUCUUGGAAGUGGUGCUGGAAUUGCAUGUGGAUCUCAUGUUACUUAUAAUGUGGGUCUAAUAAUAGACCCUCCACUGGAUAUAUUACCUUUAGUUAGGCCCCCCAUUACUGUGACUCUCUUUGGAAAAGCCAUAUUGCGAAUCCUCAUAGGGAUGAUAUUUGUACUACUGGUCAGAUAUAUAAUGAAAAAGAUUACCAUUCCUUUAGCCUGUAAAGUUUUCAAUAUACCAUGUGAUGAUAUUCGAAAAGCAAGACAGCAUAUGGAAGUAGAACUUCCAUAUAGGUAUAUUACUUAUGGAAUGGUUGGUUUCUCUAUUGCAUUUUUGGUUCCUUAUAUAUUUUCCUUUAUUGGUAUCUCCUGAUGGAGAAAUACUGCUUAUGAUAAGAAAGGUGGAUAUCAAUCGCUGAUACAUAAAAAUAUAUUCUAGCUAAAAGCCAAAUCAGAAGUUAUUAGGCUUUUGCAGGAAUUUAACUUAAAUAAUUAUUUAAGUAAAUUCAUGGGUCAGUGCAUUUUAUCAUUGCACAUUCAGAUAUUUUAAGUGAGCUGAGCUGUUUUAACACAGAAAAUGUUAAGUAUCCAUUUAGAAUGUUUAUGUAAUAUUUGAAAAGUUGUUGUGCUGUUGCAGACUAAAGUUAUAUAUAAUAUAUAUUGAGGUGCAUAAUAUUUAGUUAUGUAUUUAAUAUAUGUUAUAUAUAAAAGAAUACAUCUACAUUUUAAAGCUGGGUGUAUUAUCAAAGUAAUAAUAUGCAAACAUUUGUGCCUGUAUCUUUGUACUUAAUACAGGUAUGUUAUUAAUGGAUAUAUUUAACAUUUAUUUACUAUUGGAGCCAUUCCCUAAUUGAAUUGCAUAGUAGACCAGAAUUCAUAUACUACCACAUUGAUUUACUGCCUCUUUUUACACUGCCAUCACCUUUCAUGUUACCCAUGAUGUUGAACAUGGGAGGCAAUUUAAUGGACCAAAUUUUCAGAAAACUAAGUAUAGAUUCUCUUUUUUUUUUCUAGUUCUGUACACUGUGUUGAAUGUACUUUUUGUAUUCUCAGUUGUUUUUUCAUUAGUUUAACAAUUCAGGUACUGAAUUUUAUUGCUUGCUAGUGUGCCUUUCUGUUGCAGAAUUAAGAAAUGCCAUGUAUACUGUGACAUAAAAAAGACUCUAAAAUACAUAUAAUCAGGCAAGUAUUUAAAAAAUAUAUGUCAAGCUAACAGGGCUGAAAAAUAAGCUACUCUUAAUUCUUUAGCCUUUGUUUAGGAAUAAAUUGUGGAAUGGGCUACACUUUCUCACUAAUUUAUUGGGAAGAUAAAUGGAUAAUUAUAUGUCCAUUUUUGUAGGUAUUUUUCUGUGCAUUUUAAGUUAUAGGAACAAGAUAUAUUUUUUGUACAUUGUCUUGAUUGUUUAUACUGCAAGUAGAUAUUUCCAAUAAUUGGAAAUGUAACUGAAAUUUAUAGGUGAGACAAUGCACACAUUCAUGUGUAAACAGACCAUUUCUAAAUUAUUUGGAAAGGAUUGGAUUUAGAAAUGUUAACUUUUAAUACCCAUUUGUUAACUACUUAAGGUUAGUUAUAAAAUCUAAAAGUAUCAGUACUUUGAUCCUUUUAUUUUCUCAAUUAUUUUUAUUUUCACAAUGGAAAAUAUGGAUAUAAUAAUAAAACUAUUAUUUUUUCUGUGCCUUUAUAUUUUGAAGUACAGUUGUAAUUAGGUUAACAUUAAGUUUAUUUGUAGUAAGUUUUUCGUAAAAGAGAAUUAACUUUCCAUAAAAUGAGCUUCAGGUAUGGAAUUACUGACUUUAGUGCAAUAUAUGUCCGAUCAUCCAGAAGUAUUGCUUCAAAUAUUUCUAUUUUGGGCAGCAUAACUAUUUGAGCUCAUAUUUUUAUAAUUCUGAUUGAGAAUUUAGGAGCAUGGUAAUUUUUACCAAGACUGAAUCCAAUAAUUUUAAGUAAAGUGAAUUUGGGACAUUUAACUCUUAGUUAAAAGGAAACCAUGACAUUUAAGGAACAUACAUGUUGGAAAAUGUGUAAAGAACUUUUCUUUAAAAACUGUUUAAAUGAAUUGAAUUUUAGGGACUGUUCUCAUAAUUUUGGUAUAUAUUAUUAAUUUUUAUAACUAGAUGUAAACAUAUUUGGAAAUAUUUGAUUUAUGUUCUAUUACUUUCUGUCCUAUGAUAGUUCCAUGCUAAAUAUUUUAAAAAUAAAAAAGCCAAAUUCAGGACUGAAA